UUUUUUCCGUGUUCGUGCAUAUAUUUUCGUGUUUCGCAGCAUGUCAGGGAGAGGGAAGCCAAUGAGAAAGCGGCCGACACGUGGGACAAGAGCGGCCACGAAGAAGAAACGCAAGGAACAGGCCCCUUCGCAGUCGUCACCGCCCGGCAUGCCCGAAGCAGCGAUGGGACAGCCAGAUAACUUGGCGACAGCACGUGGACCCAGUCAAGUUCAAGCAGGCAGGUCAGCGCCUUUCCAGACUUCGUCAGGUGAAAACGCGAGUGGGUCAAGACCGACUGGGGGUGAGUUUGUUGACAUAUCCUUUAAUCCAGAAGUUACAAACAAUAUUACGGAAUUGGUUUCCUUACCCACUCAGCCGUUAAGUACACAAACACAGUCAGUCACUUCACACGCGCAGUCCCCAUGUUUCCCUCCCAUACUGUUUGCCGGGAGUGAGUUUACCCCUCCCACGACACAAUGUGGUGAUGAUGAUUUGGGAGCUAACGUUCCUUCGAGUAUCAAGCAAAAGAUAUGUAAUGGUGAAUAUAUCAAUCUUGCAUUGCUGCUGAAAUCUGACCGGGAAUUACAAGAUUAUGCUUGUACAUCAGCCAUUUUCCUUAACUCGGAAGGUCAUUUGGAACUGAAACCAAAGGCUUCAGGUAAAGUGAUUGAAACCAUAACUGAUUGGGCAACUGCAUUCACAGUGUAUAUUAGCAUUUUUAUCAAAAGUCACCCGGAACAGAUACAAGGAAUGCUCAAAUACAUGAACACAAUUCGUCUGGGGGCAUCUCGUCAUACUGGGAUUGGUUGGAGAACAUAUGAUGAGCAGUUCAGACUGCGUCAAGCACGAAAUCCACAGAAUUCAUGGGGGUCAAUCAAUGUAGAGCUUUGGAUGUUAUACAUGCAAGUUCCGUCACAGAAUUUUAGCUCGUUCCCCAGAAAUGAUAGCCAGUCAUUUCAUGUCCAGAACACAAACACAAACUCAACAUGCCAUGAUUACAACUACAGGUAUUGCAGUCGAGACAAGUGCAAGUUCAAACACACCUGCUCCAAAUGUGGAGGGAAUUCCCACCCUGCGUCUUACUGUUUGUCCAAAACACAAUCUGGCAAAUUUGUAAACACUAGCCAGGACCCCAAUCAGAACCCAAGUGCUUCAGCUUCAGCUUCAUAACAAUCAUCAUGAUCAUAUAUCAUGUACUUUUCAAUUUUAUGCAUUCAUGUUUAUGUUAUUUUCCUAAUUACUUCAUUUCAUUCUAAUCAUGUCAUUACCUGCUUUACCAAUGUGUUUGGAUAUUGUAUGUUGUAUGAAAAAUUGUUCAUGCAUUAAUUAAGUCUUUUUUACAGAUGUUUGGAUUGUAGGCUCAUCAUUGUCUAUUGGGCUCAGCGGCAGAGUUUCAGAUUGAAAUUAGGGAGGCAUCUUGGCUUACAUAAAUUGGGGUUCACCUUAAGUUGGUUUGGCAAGAGAGGAAUGCACUGGAGAGAGCUCAGACAGCUAUUGUUUACCCAGCUUGAAAGGAAACCUCCUCCACGUGUCAUGAUUCUCCACUUAGGUACAAAUUAUCUGGUAAGCUACCCUAUUAGGAAUUUAGUUUGCAGUGUCACAGAGGAUGUCACAUAUUUUGCUAAGAUACUUCCCUUCACAGUCUUUGUAUGGUCUGAGUUACUUCCACGACAGUAUGGGCAUAGGGCAGCAAAUUAUAAAUCGGUGGAGGCAGCCAGGAAGCGCUUGAAUAGAGCAGGCAUGAGUGCAGUGCUAAGGGUUGGAGGUGAGCCAAAAAGCAUGGUAUUCGGGCGCAGGAUUUGGGGAUGUACAGGCAUGAUGGUGUCCAUCUUUCAGAUGUAGGGCUUUUCCAUAUUUGUCAAUACCUACCAGGAGGCUUUGGAGUACUUCCUUCUGGAUGACCGGUCAAAGGUGUUUACUGGCAAUUAAUGUUAAGUUUGUUUUUUUGUUGUUGUUUUUUUUGUUUUUUUUUGUUUUCUGUGCCAAGUAUUGGAGGGUCUGUGUAUAGACACAGUCCUGUGGCGUAAUACUUGCGGGUUGGGCAUAGUAAUUUCCGGAGGCCUUCGAUGAGCGCUACCCGCGAGGGCCUAGCUUGCUUAAUGACACGCUGGUUGACCUCCUUUGGUGUACCCUGGGGGGAUCAAAGUCAUUUUGCCUUUUGAUGACUCGUUAUGUGUUUAUCCUCUCGAGUCGCGCUUUCUGUUUGUCCUAUUGCCUUCGGGCCGGCAUUCAGUGAUUUUGGUUCGCCCAACCUGCAGGGUUAUGCAAAAUAUCAUCCCCCUGUAAUUUCAUGAAUAAAGCCGUGGCCAUACUCCACACUUAACUUA